AGUGCCCACAACAACCAGUCCACCACGAUGGGCGACACAUAUCAUCUGACUCUAUCUCCGUAUGAGAAAUGGUGGAUUCAAUAUCAGCCUUUUCUUCUGACUCGAGGAUAUCAACUACGCCCACGUUAUCAACGCGACUGGGUGCCUUCAUGGACUUUGCCUGACUCUGGUUUCGAUCCUGAAAGGGAGAAUUACCACGAAUUCGAGGAUGGCAUUCGGGAAAUGAGAAAAAAUGUGCUCGAUGCGGUCCGUCUUUCAGACAGAAACAAGGUUGUCCUGAGGAGGGUCAUAACCGCGAGUCCCGAGCUCAGCAUUCUGGAAUACCUCAAUACUAGGCAGCACCCACACAAUCGCACUGUCCCACUUCUCGACGUCAUUCCUCUGCCCGACGAUGACUCAACGCUGAUAAUCGUUAUUCCCUUCUUGCAACAGUUCGACGUGCCUGUCUUCCGACACCUACGAGAAGUUGUGGAGUGCAUGCGACAGUAUUUUCAGGGCCUGCAGUUCAUGCAUUUCCAUAGAAUAACUCAUCGAGAUGUGUGUGCCUUAAAUAUGAUGAUGGACGCCACCAAAGUGCAGCCCUUUGGAUUUCACUUCCGCUUCUCCAAAACCAUCGACGGCAACUUGGAACAUCCAAGUGGCUGGCGCGACCGCUGUUUAGUUGCUCCCGUCGACUAUUACUUCAUCGAUUUUGGACUGUCCUCGUUCCAUGAAGAAGGCGCAGAUCAAGCUCGAGACGUUGCUGCCGUGGGCCAAGAUAAAACUGUCCCAGAGCUCUCUGACGAUGAGCCGUAUAAUCCCUUCAAGGUGGACAUCUACCAGCUCGGAAAUGUAUUCCUCAAGCAGUCCAGAAGGCAUCCUACGCUCUCCCCGUAUUUUGGAUCCCUGCUCCAGUCCAUGACCGCUUUGGACCCGGCAGCGCGUCCUUCGGCUGCUCAACUACUGACCGCUUUCGAAGACCUCUGUUCACGCAUUCCCGAGAACGAGUUGGACAAGAAGAUGCCCAACAUCCCGCAAAGCCCGUACUACAGCGGGGAGUCGGACUCGGACUACGAGUUGGUGACUGAUUCCGAGUCAGAGUCCAAUUGCGAACCUUCGAAGGCGUCCGAUUCUGGUCCGAGGGACUUUGUUCUACACAAUCCAAAAUUUGGCUUAUAUUUGCGACUAGUCCCCCACACAUAG